UUUGUAAGGCCCCUUGUUUAAAAACUUUUAAUCGAGGAAUACCGAUGCAAGAUGGCGUCGACUGAGGCAUUCGAGAGCACACUUAAGGAGGUGGUCCGUGCCAAACGACUGUCAGCGUCGAAGAUGAAGGAGUUGACUGAGAUUGCGAUGAAAACGAUGAAGAGCGACACGCAGUUGGUGUCCAUCUUGUAUCGAACGCACAAGUCGUUGUCGCCGGCAUCGAAGAUAAACAGCCUGUACACUUUCGAUGCGCUUGCGCGUGCAGCGCGCAGCUACGCGAACAAGCACAGUCUGACCGGUGACUUAAACACGGAGCCGGGCAACUGUGCCACUUUCCUUCUAAAGAUCGAGGGGGUCCUUGAUGGCCUUUUCAAGGACAUGCUCAGAACGGACCAUCUGGAAGCAAAGGAAAAGACGAAGAAAGUCCUGGACAUCUGGGUCAAAGGCCACACAUUCCCGUCCGAUGUAUUGUCGCGGUUGCAGAAGCUGUUUGCAGAGGCAGAAAAAG